AUGACGGAUAGUGCAACAGCUAGUAGUAGCGUCUCGCAAAAAACAGCAAUGAAAGACGAAGGUAAAUUUGUCGAUUUACCAAAUGCAAAAGAAGGCGAAGUCGUUGUACGAUUUCCACCGGAAGCUAGCGGCUAUUUACAUAUUGGUCAUGCUAAAGCUGCCCUUCUCAACCAAUAUUAUCAAAAAACAUUCAAAGGUACAUUAAUUAUGCGUUUUGAUGAUACAAAUCCAGCAAAGGAAAAUGCGGAAUUUGAAAAGGUUAUCCUCGAAGAUUUGAAAAUGUUGGGUGUCACAUAUGAUCGCUUCUCGCAUAGUUCCGAUCAUUUUGACACGUUAAUGGAUUAUUGCAAGAAACUAAUUGAAAAAGGUAUUGCUUAUUGCGAUGACACAGAACCUGAAGAAAUGAAAGCUCAACGCGAACUACGUCAAGAAUCGGCCAAUCGCAAUAAUAGCGUAGAGAAAAAUCUAAAGAUGUGGGAAGAUAUGAUUGCUGGAAAUGAGAACGGUACAAAAUGCUGCGUUCGAUUGAAAAUCGACAUGCAAGCUAACAAUGGUUGUAUGCGUGACCCAACUAUUUACCGAUGUAAACCGGAGGAACAUGUACGAACAGGGAAUAAAUAUAAGGUUUAUCCAACUUACGAUUUCGCUUGUCCAAUUGUUGAUAGCGUUGAAGGAGUUACUCAUGCACUUCGAACAACUGAAUACCAUGAUCGAGAUGAGCAAUACUAUUGGAUUCUUGAUGCUCUUGGUCUUCGCAAACCAUUUAUUUAUGAAUAUGCACGUUUGAACAUGCAAUACACAGUGCUAUCAAAACGUAAAUUAACAUGGUUUGUCAAUGAGAAAAUUGUCGAUGGUUGGAAUGAUCCGCGUUUGCCAACCGUGCGCGGUAUUCUUCGCCGCGGUAUGACUGUUGAAGGCCUUCGACAAUUUAUCAUCGCUCAAGGUUCAUCACGAUCGGUCGUUUUAAUGGACUGGGAUAAGAUCUGGGCAUUCAAUAAGAAACAAAUCGAUCCUGUAGCACCACGUUAUACUGCUUUAUUGAAAAAUCAACUAGUCAACUUACAUUUGAAGAAUGUUACGAAGGAAGAGUGUAAUCAACAUCAAAAGCAUCCAAAAGAUCCAAGCAUUGGCAUGAAGAAUGUCUAUUCUGGUCCAACAGUACUGAUUGAAAAGGACGAUGCUGUACAAAUCACUGACGGACAGAUUGUUACAUUGAUGAAUUGGGGUAACAUCAAGAUUAAUCAUGUUAAAAAGAACAAUGCCGGUGAAAUCGAAUUGAUCGAAGGUGAAACUCAACUGGAUAAUAAAGAUUUUAAAAAUACUCUCAAAUUAACCUGGCUUGCUGAAACAAGUCAAGCACCAUUGACACCGGUGACCUGCAUUCAUUAUGAUAAUAUCAUGACAAAAGCAAAACUCGAUGAAGGCGAUACAUUCGAGAACUUCGUUAACUAUGGAUCAAAAUCUGAAUAUGACAUCAUCGGUGAACCAGACAUGGCUCAAUUGAAGAAAGGAGACAUUAUUCAAAUCCUUCGCAAAGGUUAUUAUAUCUGCGACAGUCCAUACAAUGCUGCUAGUAAACAACCAUGUAUUCUUCUGAAUAUUCCGGACGGAGGUACUAAAGAAAAGCCAACAUCAUUGAAAUCGACUGAUCCAAAUGCUUCUGGAGAUAAAUCAAAAGCUGCAACAGGAGCAACUGCAGCAGCCGUAGUAUCAAGUCCUGAAGCCGAUAAAUUAGUCGAACAGAUUACUCAGCAAGGUGAAAAAGUUCGAAAUUUGAAAGGCAAUAAAUCGUCACCAAAAGACGAAGUGGAUGGUGCAGUCAAAGAACUUUUAGCCUUAAAAGAGAAGUACAAAAAAUUAACUGGUGUUGAUUAUAAGCCAGCGAGUGCAUCAGCAUCAUCAUCAUCAAAUUCAGCGCAAAAGGAAAAUAAGAAACCAGCAUCGGCUCCUGCCACCGCUGCUGCUGGUGCUACGGCAACAUCGACAACGACAUCUGCAGAAGCUGAACAGCUUCUCGAAAAAAUAUCAAAACAAGGAGAUAAAGUGCGCGAACUCAAAGCAAAUAAAUCGGCAUCAAAAGAUGAGGUCACAGCUGCUGUGCAAGAAUUAUUGAAAUUAAAAGAGCAAUACAAAAGCCUAACAGGUACUGAUGUUCCAUCGACUGGUGCAGCUCCGGCACGUAAAGAAAAAGAAAAGAAGCCUGCUGCUACUGCCGCUAAGUCGGCCGAUAAUGAACAAGCGGCUGGAUCGGGCUCAUCAGACGUGAAAAAACAAACGAAACUUGGCAUUGAAGUCAAAAAAGAAGAAAAUCUUGCCGAAUGGUACGGACAGGUUGUCCGUAAGGGCGAAUUGAUUGAAAACUAUGAUGUAUCUGGAUGUUAUAUUCUUCGUCCAUGGGCUUAUUUUCUUUGGGAACAGAUAAAAGCUUUUGUCGAUGAAGAAAUCACGGCUAUGGGAGUGCAAAAUUGCUAUUUUCCACUGUUUGUUUCACAUAGUGCACUUCAUCGUGAACAAACCCACAUUGCUGACUUUUCACCAGAAGUUGCUUGGGUAACCAAAUCAGGUGACAGUGAAUUGGCUCAACCAAUUGCUGUACGUCCAACAAGUGAAACAAUCAUGUAUCCAGCGUAUGCUAAAUGGAUUCGUUCGCAUCGAGAUCUUCCAUUGAAAUUGAAUCAAUGGAACAAUGUUGUGAGAUGGGAAUUCAAAAAUCCACAACCAUUUCUUCGUACGCGAGAAUUUCUCUGGCAAGAAGGUCAUACAGCAUGGGCAACAGAGAAAGAAGCUUCCGAAGAAGUUUACCAAAUUCUCGACUUGUACGCUCGAGUGUAUUCAGAUUUAUUAGCCAUACCGGUAAUUAAAGGACGUAAAACAGAAAAAGAAAAAUUUGCUGGUGCUGACUGGACAACAACCAUCGAAGGUUACAUUGCUGCCAGUGGACGUGGUAUUCAAGCUGCAACAUCACACCAUUUAGGCCAAAACUUCUCGAAAAUGUUUGAAAUCACGUUCGAAGAUCCACAAACACAAGCUAAAACAUAUGCGUACCAAAAUUCAUGGGGUUUGACUACACGAACCAUCGGUGUAAUGACCAUGACCCAUGGUGACAACAAAGGUUUAGUUUUACCGCCACGCAUCGCUAAAUAUCAGAUCGUUAUCGUUCCAUGUGGUAUUACAGCAUCACUAUCGAAAGAAGACGAAGAUGCCUUAAUAAAUACAUUGAAAGAAAUUGAAGCUAAAUUGAAAAAAGCCGGUCUUCGUGUUUACGGAGAUUAUCGAGAUAAUUAUGCACCAGGUUGGAAAUUUAAUCAAUGGGAAAUGAAAGGUGUUCCAAUUCGUGUUGAAUUCGGUCCAAAUGAUAAAUCUCGUUCACAAUUAACUGUAGUACUCCGUCAUACAGGAGCGAAAUCAACAAUUCCCAUUGAAAACUGUGAAACUAAACUACGUGAAAUCCUCGAACAAAUUCACAGCGAUCUAUACGCUAAGGCUAAAGCCGAACUCGAUAGUCACAUUGUCGUUGUUAAAGAUUGGGCUGGUUUCUUGAAAGGUCUUGACAAUUCCUGUAUCAUGUUAACACCAUUCUGCGGUGAACCAUCAUGUGAAGAUAAUAUCAAACAAGAUAGUGCUCGAGAUGCUGUCGUUGAAGAAGGUGCACCAGCUAUGGGCGCUAAAGGUCUCUGUAUUCCAUUUGAACAACCAGAGAAACUUGCCGACAAUCAACAAUGUUGUCAUCCGGCAUGUAAAAACAAAGCGAAAUAUUUUACAUUGUUUGGUCGAAGCUACUAA